AUGAUCUUUGAUGGUGUAACACAAUCUAGAAAGGCUCUAGCAGACUAUGCUGUAGAAUAUAAGAGGCAGUUGAAGGUAAGACCAAAUGAUAACCAUAGGGUGAGGGCUAAGUGUAAAAAUACCAAGUGUAAGUGGCUGUUGACAGCUAAGCUUGAUAGGGACACAAGUGAUUUUAAGGUGAUUAUCUAUCAUCCCAUUCACAAGUGUAUUCAUUUGAACAAAAGGAAGAUGUGCACUUCUAAGCUAAUAGCAAGGAAGUUUAAGGACAAAAUUGUUUCUCAACCUUACAUAAGGAUAUGGGAAAUUCAGGAAUUGGUAAAGGACAAGAUUGGUCUUUAUGUUGGUAGAACUAUUUGCCACAGGGCAAAACAGAGGGUUAUAAUAGAAAAUAUAAGUGACUGGAAUCUGGAAUUUCCCAGAUUAUGUGACUAUGCUGACAUGAUCAAGCAAACCAAUCCAGGAAGUAGUUGUUGGGUUAAAAUUGAUAAGGAGACUGAACCAGGGAAUUUUUUUUUUGUAUACUUCUACGUGUGCCUCCAAGCCUUUAAGCAAGGCUGGUUGGAUGGUUGCAGAAAAAUAAUAGGAUUUGAUGGUUGUUUUCUCAAAGGAGCUUGUAAGGGUGAGCUAUUGGUAGCUGUGGAAAAGAAUGAGAACAACCAAAUGUAUCCUAUUGCCUGGGCAGUGGUGGAUAAAAGACUAAACAUAGCUGGAAUUGGUUCAUAA